AGCUCUCAGACCACAGGCUUACUUGUUUCCUGUUGUCACUUAGUUCAUUGCUUAAGAUGCAUGUGUUUGUGUUAUGCAUUUCGUCAGUGGUUCUUUUUGCCUGUGUAAAUAGCGGUGUUCCACCGUCAUGUGACAGUGAAAUAUACUGCACUGGGCCCAUCUUGCAUCAGGUACAGGAAGCUAAACUGUUUGACGAUGACAAGUACUUUGUUGACAUGAAACUGAGGGAAACUCCUGAUGUUGUUUUGUCUGCGUUUUACAAUCUUUCAAAUGACUUGCCAAACACCACUGUACCGCCUGCCAAACUGCAGGAGUUCCUCAAUACUUACUUUGAGAAACCAGGGACUGAGUUUGAGUCAUGGACACCACCAGACUGGCAUGAAAAGCCAAAGUUCCUGGGAGGAAUAGCAGACCAAGAACUACGCAGCUGGGCUGAAAAGAUACACGAUCUGUGGAAGCUUCUGGGCAGAAAGAUCCACGCUGGUGUUAAAGAUCACCCAAAGCUCUACUCGCAGAUAUACACCCCACAUCCUGUUGUUGUGCCAGGAGGGCGCUUUAGGGAACUCUACUACUGGGACUCCUACUGGGUCAUCAAUGGGCUCCUGCUGUCAGAAAUGACAGCCACAGCCCGUGGGAUGAUUCAAAACUUCCUCUACCUUGUCAACAGAUAUGGCUUCAUUCCAAAUGGUGGGCGGAUUUACUAUGAAAGGCGCAGUCAGCCUCCAUUCCUCACUCUAAUGGUGGAGAGCUACUAUCAAGCAACCAAGGAUAAAGAGUUCCUCAGAGCAGCUUUGCCAGCACUGGAGCAGGAGUACCAAUUUUGGAUGCAGAACCGCUCUGUGACUUUGAAAUUAAAUGGGACAGAGCAUGUGCUGAACCGAUAUGAUGUAAAGGUGGGCUUGCCCAGGCCUGAAUCCUACACAGAUGAUCUGGAACUAGCGGAAGGACUCACCAAUGACCGUAAGGAGAAGCUGUGGAUGGAUCUGAAAGCGGGUGCAGAGUCUGGCUGGGACUUCUCAUCCCGCUGGUAUAUAAACGGUGACGGCCACAACAACGGCACCCUGGGGGAUACCAGUACCAGUCAGAUCCUGCCUACUGACCUCAAUGCUCUUCUGUGCCUCAAUGAGAAGACUCUUGCUUCAUUUCACAGGAUACUGGGUGAUGGUGACUCAGCUGCACUGUAUGACCAGGCUACAGCCCGCAGGCUGGAGGCGAUAGAGUCUGCACUGUGGGAUGCUGAGAGGGGUGCCUGGUUUGACUACAACCUAGUGACGCACACCAAACACUUUGAGUUUUACCUCUCCAACCUGGCACCUGUUUGGGCACAAUGCUAUUCUCAGCCUGAGAUGGGAGAGAAGGCAGUACAGUAUCUGAAGGGGAGUGGUGCUCUCCAAUUUCCCAAUGGAGUUCCAACAUCGCUGAGAGAGUCUGGGCAGCAGUGGGACUAUCCUAACGCAUGGCCUCCUUUACAACACAUACUCAUUGAUGGUUUAUUAAAACUGCCUUCAGAGGAUGCUCAACAAUUAGCAUUUGAUUUGGCCCAGCGCUGGAUCAGGACAAAUUGGUUGGCAUACAUGAAGUAUGAUGCCAUGUUUGAAAAGUAUGAUGUGAACGGCGAUGGCAAACCUGGUGGUGGAGGAGAAUAUGAAGUUCAGCUGGGUUUUGGCUGGACCAAUGGCGUGGCCCUGCAGCUCCUGAACCAGUAUGGGGCGACUCUCACCUCAGGAAGCGGGCGAGUGUCUUCUGGCCUCCUGCUGCCUCUAGUCGUCUCAGCCGCUAUCAUGCUCCAGUGAAACAGAGGUGACGAAAGAGCCUGACUGGAGGUUGGAUUUUAUUUUUUCUGGUUUCACUGCACUACAACACUCCCGUCCACUGGCUGACUUCAAACAAACGGAUAUUGACAUUAAAAUGAGACUAAAUUGUGCAUAUUUUAACAAGUUCUGAUUUCUUUCUAAAUUGUAUAUGAUCAGGAUCACUCUUCUUUGUAGAAGGAACAUGAUGUGAUUUAUCAUAAACUAAAAAUUCCUUUGAUGAAUAUUUUAGUAUGUAUCCUCAGAGGUAAAUGAUCUCUGAUGAUAUCAGAAGAUGCAGAUCAUGUAGGCACUUAAAUGGACUCUCUCCAGUAAUUCAAGCUGUUAGCGCUGGCUGCUGCUUGGAUCACAACAUUAACUCGUCCCAGAUAUUGAACUGACAUUACAAACAGUUAUUCACCUAAUUCAAUUAUAAAGUUUAUUGCUAUGCUGCAGCUUAAUUCACUCCGAGGCCUUCUAUUUGCACGUAUACUGAAGUUGGACUGUAAACGAGCUCAUGUGAGAAAUAAAAUGCAACAUGAAUACAAUAAUGGUGUUUAAAACAUACAGUUUUUAUUACAUCUGUCUACUCAAGACACCUUUAUUCAUUUUUUACAAAUCAACCAAGGAAUUCCAGGUUGCAAUGCUGGUAUGAUAAUCACAUGUUCAAUAUAGUGAUGAAUUCCUGCUAACUGUCAGCACUAAGGUUAUUUGAAAUGCAGUGUUUUGGUCUCAUACCUUCAUUGGGCAUGGGUGGUCUAUGACCAUGAAGGAAGGAGGACGCACAACUCCAAUAUAAUAAUAUUAUAUUAUAUAAAUAUUUCCAAUCGUGAUGGGUGCAAGUUGUUUGGCCGUGUGUCGCCCUAUUAAAACAUAGAUUUUGACUCUAGUCUUUUGUGAUUGCUGUUGUCUAAUAGUUUCUUUGGUCUAUGACCAUGACAUUGCAUUUUCAAUAAACUUUGUGCUGAUUUUAAAUUCCUGUGCACCUCUCUACCAAUGCCUAUUUGUGUAUUAGACAACACAGAGCAAACAUGGCAGACUCCAGGAGAGAGGACCUGUUCCAUAUAUAUUAGCGGCUCAUUCUAAGGUAAUAAAAACACAAUGCUUAUUUUCAGGGGAGUAUUAUAAACUAACGAAAACAUAGUUAUGAAUAUUAUAUGUCAUUUCUGUAAAUGGAUGCCCCUAAAUCCUACACACUGGAUCUUUAAAGACACUUUCUUUAAAGACAGAACACUGCUAACCACAGUGACGAAUACAUUACCUGUGGCUGCUUCACAAUAUAAGCCACCUGUAUUCCACUUCAAUGUUUAACAGUAGGAAGUUUGGUUUGCAUUAUUGUUAACCUGAUGCAGCUCUGACAUGAUGGAAAUAGAGAGGACAAUAAACAGUGAGGCCCAUAUCAAUGACAUAAAAUUACGUUGGAUAACAUCUAUGCAUUGUUUGCCUGUGAAUCCCUGGUGCAUGUGAAAGUAAUACGAGUCUAAGAUGGGAAUGACAGACUCUGCCACCAACAAUGAAAACUGCUUUUUACUGAAUGUAAAUACACUGAAAUGCUAUUGCAGAAAAAAGAUGACAAUGAAUAGUAUCCAAAACUGGGUUUUAUGUAUUUAUGAUCCUUCAGUAUUUUUCAAC